AAGCUGAUGCAAGUGGCCUCCCAUGCAAGCGCGGCCUUGCAGUAAGGCUGGGGAACAAGAGAGAGCUUGAGAAGGCUCCAAAGAGAGUUGCCAUCCCAGCUUCCCCCCAAGGCCUGCCUGGACGAAAACGCAAGCGACCAGAAGAGGAGGAGGAAACAGCAGAGGAACCGCCUCGCAAGAAAAGAGCUGAGGAGGGACGCAAGGUGUGCGUGAAGCCUCCUAAUGGGAAACCCACCCUCCCUGCAAAGCGGGCGCGGAAACGAAAUGCAGCUGAGAUGCAUCCGUCUGCUGCUGAGGACAUGGAUGAGCCCCCAGCUAAAAAACCAGCUCUGGCCGUUGAGCCAGCCCUGCCCGAGUACAGCCUGGUCACCAUUCCUGAAGUUGAAAAACCUCCAAGCAGUCUGGAACUGCAUCUGGGAAGCCAGGCAGACUCUGCGGCACAGUCUGAGGUUUCAAACCCAACUUCACAUUCCUCACAAGCAGCAGACAAGACGCAGCAGCUGAGCUGCACAGACGCUGGGGAAGCGCUCCUGUCUGAAGAUGACGACCUGGAGAAGUUCAUGAUAGAAAUCUCAGGAGAACUGGAAGGAGAAAUUGACUUGGAGGCAGGGAGAGAUGUGGAUGAGCUCCUUCUGGAACUCUCUGAGAUAAUUGACAGUGUAACUCCGUAGUCUUAUUAUCUAUUUUAAAAUGAAGAGCAACAAUAAAACAAACCCAACCCCGUUCCUUUUCUCUGUUAUUCUGAGGCGACGCUUCUGAAACUUUGCAGUGAGUCUUAAAGCGGAGCUGAACUGGUAGAAAUGGGCAGUGACUGCAUUCUGU